UGUGAACUGCAGCGCAGAGAUGCAGUACAGCUAAGACAAGAUUGUACGGAUUUAGCAAAAGUCUGUGACUUCAACGACAAAAUCUAAACAGUUCAGUUCAGUUUAUAUCCGCUUGGUUUAGAUAAGUGAUAGUUGAAGCACUAAAUUCGGAGGAAGCGUCAUUGUUGUAAAAAAAAGUGAUAUUAAUAUACUUCUCGGUGAUCAGCUACAUUCAAUGACAACAAAAUCGUUCCUUUUUCUUUAAAAGUUUUGACUAUUAUAAGUGCAAACCAACAUUAUGUCGGAUAUAGAUAAUAUAUUGACAAGUUUACAGCGUUUUUCAUGGCUGGACUAUGUCGUGUUCAUAGCUAUGUUUGUGAUGUGCAUUUUAAUUGGAAUUUAUUUCGGUUUUAUGAAAAAGUCCCUUUCGGAAUCGGACUACCUGAUGGGUGGUCGUAAUAUGCUCGUAUUGCCUAUAGCUUUAUCACUUGUGGCUAGUUUUGUAUCAGGUAUAACACUACUAGGAUUACCCACAGAAGUCUAUUCAUAUGGCAUACAAUAUACGUAUGUUGCACUUGGUGUACUUGCUAUGGGAGUCGUGAUGGGUGUGUUCUACCUACCUGUUUUUCAUGAUUUGAGUAUUACAUCCACGUAUGAGUAUCUGGAAAGUCGCUUUGACAGACGUUCACGAAUGUUUGGUUCCGUUAUGUUUACCAUAAUGAAUAUUGGUUACUUGCCGAUUGUUAUAUAUGUACCAGCUCUGGCUUUCAAUCAAGUUACGGGCGUGGCGGUUCAUACAAUAACACCUAUUGUAUGCAUCAUUUGUGUUUUCUAUACUAGUUUAGGUGGCAUUAAAGCUGUCGUAUGGACUGAUGUUGUACAAACGAUUUCAAUGAUUGGAGCAUUGGUAUUAGUGGCUGUUAAGGGUAGUCUGGAUAUCGGAGGAGCUGGUGUCGUGAUCAAAGAGGCUUGGAAUUCAGGACGCAUUGAAGCGCCGGAUCUCGAUUUAAAUCCAACAGUGCGACAUACACUUUGGUCUCAGCUAAUAGGAGGUGUCGUCUAUUGGACGCAAACUAAUGCUGUGUCACAAAACAUGAUACAACGGUAUUUGUCGUUACCUACAUUAAAGUCCGCUAGACAUGCGUUAUGUAUUUUUUGUGGUGGGGUUCUCUUGCUAAUGUCGCUUUGUGCCUAUAACGGUCUGCUUAUAUAUGCAACAUAUAAGGAUUGCGAUCCGUUGACGACUAAGUUAGCCAAGGCUCGUGACCAAUUGUUGCCGCUUUUUGUUAUGGAUACUUUAGGCGAGUUACCAGGUUUGACAGGACUCUUUAUUGCAGGCGUCUUUAGUGCGGCUUUGAGUUCUUUAUCCACAUGCUUGAAUUCCAUGUCUGCAGUGGUUUUGGAGGAUUUCGUUAAACCAUUUGUAAAGAAACCACUUUCAGAGAAAGCGAUCAAUUGGAUUAUGCGUUUGGUUGUAGUGGGUGUAGGUGCACUCUGUGUUGCUUUGGUGUAUGUGGUUGAGCAUAUGGGAACUGUUUUACAAUUAACAAUGAGCUUAGAGGCUAUCACAAACGGACCUCUAUUUGGCAUAUUUACAAUUGGUAUAUUUAUGCCUUGGAUAAAUGGCAAUAGUGCUUUAACUGGUGGUAUUGUCGGUGUAAUUUCAAUGUCUUGGAUUAGCUUAAAUGCGCAAUGGGCUAUUGCAUCUGGUGCUAUUCGCUAUGAGACAAAACCUUUGACAGUGGAUCAUUGUGACUAUCGUUUUAAUAUGACUGAAGCAUUUAGUUAUGCUAAUGCGACUAAUAUUAGUUCAGCUAAGGAUGACAUAUUUCCUUUAUAUCGGAUUUCCUAUAUGUGGUACACUUGCAUUGGUGCUACAAUAACAAUUAUUAUCUCCAUAAUAAGUUCGUCGUUCUUCGGCACAAAUGAUUUAAAAAAAGUGGAUCCAAUUUUAUUAACACCAUGUAUACGUAAAUAUUUCGACUUUGGAACCACUGAAAUUAGUACAAAUCAUGUAAAAAAUGUAAGCAUUCCAUUAAAACAAAAAUAUCGUUCCGAUGAAGCAGCUCUGUGACAUCUACAGGAAUUACUUGGUUCCAGAGAAAGUAACAAUAUGUCCUUAAUUUUUAUUUCAAGUUUUUUGUAAUUACAAAUACAUAUAUAUAUUUAUAUGAGUACAUAUAUAAGUUUCUUUAUAAAAAUAAGUGAUUGAAAUAAAUGUAUUGAAAUAAAACUCAUUUCAUCUUAAAAAGACAUUAGCAGCUAUAAUGACAA